AUGUCUGUGACGGAAGAAAAAGUUCAAGAGCUUGAUAGGAGUUUUUUAGAAUUUAUGAGUAAGACUGAUAAUGUUGAUCUUGCAACUAAAGAAAUAUAUGACGAUCUUUUGGACGAAGUAUUAAUGGGUUUUGUUUUUGACGUGCAUCGUACCAUAAAAACAGGUAGUUCGGAUGUUGAAGAAGGUAUUCCAGAUGAUGAGUCGUAUGCUAUAGUUGAUUCACCGGGGUUGGAUGUGUUUGGUCAGCAUCCAAUUAAAAAAACCCAAGAGUGCAAUUGUCCGAAUUGCGACCGAGGAGUCGCGGCAUGCAGAUUUGCAACUCAUUUAGAAAAAUGCAUGGGAAUGGGCCGGAACAGUUCGAGAAUAGCGUCAAGAAGGAUAGCCAAUAGUUCAAAAGAUAUGAGUAAUUUUAGCGGCAUUGUCAGUGACGACGACGAUGAUGCUGAUUGGAGUGUCGCCAAUGACAAAAGAAAGCGCAGAAAAGACCGCAAUGGGAUUAAAAAAUCAAAGCAGCCAAGAAACUCCCAAAAAAAUGGUGACGCACAGUCUGGCGAGCUUCAGAUGAGUAACGAAAAUUCUCCGUCCAAUUACGACAAUAUGUCAUUAGAGGAUAAACGAGCAUUGCUGGGUCAAAUAUGCGGAGUUAUUUCGGAGCAUACAAAAAAACUCUGCACGCGCUCUGUUCGCUGUCCUCAACAUUCUGACGACCAACGGAAAGAAAUGAGAGCGAAUUUGGAGCUCAGUGAAGGCUCACGAAUUAAUCAGGAUAAUUUUCAGAUAGACGUCGACAUGUUUGAUGAAAAUGAUGGACAGCAAUUGCGAGAAACUCUUUCGAGAUGGGAGUGCGAGGGCUCUAAUCAGUCUAGUCCGGCUGAUUCUGCGUCGACUACUUCUAAUUCCUCGUUCACGAGAAAACGCGAGGGGAAGUCUAAGGGCAAAGGCAAAGGCGGAAAACGAGACCGAGUGUCCCCUAUUUCUCAAGGCGACUAA